AGCGGGCCGCUUGAACAGCUUGAACGUCUGCGCUUGGCGGCUUCAGCGAAGCCACGCCGCCGUGCGCUACGUACGGCAUUCGAGCAACGGGCUCGUCGCGUGUAGUUGUGUCGGCGUCGUUCGUCGCGGCGGCACAGCGUUCGAUCAGCUGGCCCAUCUGCGUACUGUGCGCGCCGUUUGUUUUAGCCGUGCGUUUACUUUGUGCGAGACCACGUUGAAAACCUUCGGCUGCGCCGGUCACCGCCUCUACGAAAUUGUGGCAGUCGUCGUGGUGGUUGCCGUGUCGCACUCUCGCGCGACCACCGUGAGCAACAGCUGUCUCUCACGUGCGGACUGGAUUGUUGUCCGCUGCUUUCGAGCGGCGACUGCAAGGAGCAGCUGCCGCCGGCGUCUCGGCCUGCCUUGUGUUUCGAUCCCGUUAUGUCGGUGGAUCCCGGGGGCAAGCCGCACCUCGAUAUUGACGUAUGGCUCCAGAACUUGGACUUGCCGCAAUAUUCGCUACUAUUCUGCAAGUACACUGGCGUUGAGGAGAUCCUGUGGAUGUCCGAGAGGGAUGUCAAGGACUUGGGAGUCAAAAAUGGUGCGCACCGGGCCAUUCUGGUCUCCUCCCUCAUCGUGCUCAAGCGCAAGUACGACAAAGGAAACCGUGUCAAGACUGGCGGCACGCUGCUCUCUUCACGGUUCCGAAGCAGCAGCUCCCUUGUCCAGGCCAAGGAAAAGCCACCCAACCUUGGAGGAAAGACAGUUUCGUACCCCAACGUACUGGUGCACUCCACUGUCUCGCCAGUGUCGCUGGUGCGAUCAGGCUCCACCUCGACCGCUGCUUCUAGUCACAGAUCUAGCAUGGAGACGCCCGUGACCAGCGAAACACCAUCCGAAGAUUUGCGGAAAGCGCUGGAAUGGGAGCUGGGCCUGGACAGCCGGGACUUGCGCAGCCAUGCGUGGUACCACGGCACCAUCCCGCGGCAGCGUGCCGAGGAGCUCAUGACCGUCGACGGGGGCUUCCUGGUGCGAGACUGCGUCUCGCGACCCGGCGAUUACGUUCUCACGUGCUGCUGGAAGGGUGCACCGCUCCACUUCGUCAUCAACAAGGUGGUCUUGCAACCAUUCACCGUGUAUGAACGUGUCCAGUACCAGUUUGAGGAUGACUGUUUUGACACAGUGCCUGAUCUGGUGACCUUCUAUGUUGGAAACAAGCGGCCAAUUUCAGCUGCUUCUGGUGCUGUAGUGUCAAGGCCUGUGAAUAGGAGCAUGCCACUUUCUUACUAUGCCCAGCGCUAUGGCAUUGAGGUGUCCCAAGCUGCGGAGCCACCCCAGCACCGGGCUCUUGAUGCCACUACUAUAGUCCCUGCACCUUCCAAUGGGCUAUCUGCUGAGCCCCACCUGCCACAGAAAUUACACUCUUUGGGCCAUUCAAAUACUGGGCAGAUAUCAUCGUGUGCGACACUGCCGUGUAGGGACAACUCUGGGAGCCACAGGAGAGGCUUCAUUCGUGUGGGCAGUGAUCCACUGCUCAGCCCAACGUUGGAACGUAGGACCUUGGAACACAGACCACUUUCCGGCACCGUCAGCUCGGAGGCUGCCCAGAGGAACCUUGAAGGAAGCUCGGAAGACCAGCCGCCGCCUAAGCCUAGCCGAGUUCCCUCAAAACGACUGCAACAAAAGCCAGCAGUUGCCAAGAGAGACCCUGUUCCAGUGACACAGUAUGUCAACAACUGUGAAGGCGUCUACUCUGAACUUGCUGACAAUGGUAGUUCAUGCCAUGUCACUGAAGCUGGUGACCCUGCAACACGGCCAAGUGAUAUCAAGCGGCAUGGAUUGCCAGCAUUGCCACACCGAACUCUCAUUCGAACUGGCGCUGCUGGCCUGACACAGAUGCCAGCUGGGCAAUGUUCUGACAUAGUGGCUUGCAACCGUGUGGUGACUGUGCCUGAAAUUGACCCGCCAUCAACGUUUGACCUAGUGACAUUUGCAACAACGCUGCUCCCAUCUGAUAAUAAGCCAUUGGACAAGAGCAUUAUGGCACGUGUGCGUAGUGUCCUUCUGGAGAGUGGGCCUCGUGCCUUGGCUAACCAUCUGACUCGGCUUGACUUAGAUAUGUUGGGACUCAAAGGAGAAAGAGACCUGGGGCUUGGUGUUUCAGUGGGUUUGGAACUGCUGGCUUUGCCCCAAGGAUCACGAUUCAGGAAGGACCUUUUGGAACGGACUGAGUGCCUGAAACUGUUUGUUGCGUCAACGCUGUUGAUGUGUGCUGAUGAUGUGGAGCGUGUGGAGCUGCUGAACAAGUGGAUCCAAGUGGCUGGUGACACAAAGACAGCUUUGGGAAACCUUUAUGGUUUCACAGGAAUCAUGCAAGGACUUGCUAUGUCGCAGAUUUCUCGAUUGAAGACCACAUGGCUGGCAUUGCGCCAACGGCAUACAGACACAGCACUUGCCUACGAGACCAAGCUGCGGCCAGCCCUGAAGAACAUGCAGGAAUGUAGCAACCCUCAAGCACCCAACACCUGCCUGCCUUACUUACUCUCUAUACUGCUCAUCCUGGAGCACAGCUUUGAAGGGCUGCUUGUAAAUCCAUCUGCAGCAUCUGCCCAACGCAAGGACACUAGUUCAGAGCUGCUCCUACUCCCUUGGGAGAACUCAACUGCUGACUAUGGUCUUCAGUUGUUGCUUUCACACCUAGAACAGCAGCGGUUGGUGACUCAACAGCUUCCAACAUAUCGGCGCAACGGCGAGAUCGUGUUCGAGAAUGUAAAGUUAGAUGACAUUAUGCUGGACCUCUUUCGGACUGAGUUUCACCUGCUGUUCCUGUGGGGUGCACGCGGUGCCACUGUGGCAUCCUGUGAAAGACAUGCCAAGUUGACACAAGUGUUAGCAGCCAUGUCAGUUCGGUCCGAACCAAUUGGCACACCUGUGUGAUGAUGGGGGUGGGUGAUUACAUGUGCCUAAGCCCAGUGAACAGGUGGCAUGAAGUUAAUGAACAAGAAUGGCCAGCUGAAGUCAUCUUCCUUGUGACAGCUGUCAAUGUGAUAGUACCAAAACGCUGGAGGAGUUUUCAGAGUGCUAAAGACAGACUGAAUAGUGAUGAGCAGCAGUAGUUGAUGCACAGCAUUGAAGGCUAAUGAAUUUUAGAGACGUUUAUUGUAGAUUUCUUGAUCAGCUGCAGUGGAGCAGUGUGCUGAAUGUCUUUUUCAGCCACUUUUUUGUGGAUAGUUAUAACAGCAUGCAACAGGUCUUGCAUCAUUUAUUGUAGGUUUGUGAUGAGUACAUGUGUUUCUUGUGUCACAUUACCAAAAAAAAGGUAUUGUACUCUAAGCUGCUUCUGGCAUGGAUGUGACUCUACACUCACAAUAUGUGAAUGUGCUGCUCCUACUAAGCAUUAAGUAUGAAAACAAUAUAUGUCCUUUUGCUCUUACAAUAUACUGUAAUUUUUCAUGUUAAAUGUAGGUAGCACACAGUAUCUUUCAAGGGGUAUAGGAGGCAGGUGUUUGUAACCUGCACACACAGGUGUUUUCAAUGUGCUCAAUAUUUUUGGUAAUGUUUCCAGCCUGCUGAUAAUCUGCUUCUCUUUCUUAAGAGUUUUCCUUACGAGGAUAAAAAAAAUUGGGGGUGUUUUGACACGAAAAGCCUCUCUGUGGCCAUUCUCCCGAUACCAUAAUCCAUUGUUCAAGAUUAAUGGAGGUCAUUUUGCCUGCAUGCAAGUGAUCCCAGAGAAGAGUUGAGAAGAAGGGGGUUUGUUGCAGAAAAACUUAGUUUUACUUUUGUGUAAGUGGUUUAGGGGCCCUGGAAUGUUUUGCUAACCUAGGGUACAUUUUCAACUUCAGGCACCGCUCGGUUGAUACCUGGGUUACUUUUUGAGGGGAAAAAAUGUGAGUGGUCACACUGGUCUCCCUUUUUUUUUUAGCCCCUUCCGCUUGCAUAUCUGGCAGAUCUUGGAGCACUGUGUCACCUUCCAUCCUUUUCAAUGUGCCUCAUAUUAAUACUAUAGAAGUGUUCCAUGGCUGAGCCUCUUACGAACUUCUACCAAACAUCUGUAAUGAAAUUUGCGUUCUCUCUGGCACACGUGUGUAAUGAAAAAUACUAAAAGGUCUACCAGAAGCUGUUUCCCAGACACAUGCUAAUUUGUGACAUUGUCACAGCACAGCUAGCCAAAAUUUUUCAAAUCAUUACCCUCACCACUUGCUGCUUUUAUGCCAAUAAUAUGGCAUUCUUCUUGCCAUGUGUAUUCAUGUACGUCUUCUCUGCUGUUUUGUAUGGUUUGUUCACUUAAUGCAUCAUUGAGAUCAGACAAAAGAAGGUGUUUUAAUGUGGUGGACAGUGCUGCUUGUGAGGGACAAGAAGCAGAGUAAGCUUAUUAAAAAAAAUCAAUGUAUGAAUGCUACAUCUUACAAAAACCUAUAUUUAGUCAGGGACCACAUACUGAACCUCCACAGGGUGUUCCAGGGUUUUUUUUAAUUGCAGUGAACAGUGUGUGACCUAUAUACAUACAAGUUAAUAAAUGGUAGUGUAAUAUGCAUUGGCAUCAACUAAACUCGCCAGAUUCGUAAUGUUUGUCAUAAGUUACCAGGGCAGCAUCUGUGUGCACAUGCAUGUCUCCAAGUGGUUGCUUUGGGCAGUGUGGUGGGCUCUUAUUGUGUACCCACACUUUUAGUAAAGGGCACGACUGUUAAGAAAUGUCCUCACCCUCUACAACAUUGGAAUGCCAGCAAUGGAAACCUAGCUACAUGGUCCAGUAGCAUUUGUCUUAAGUCUUGUCACAAAUGUAGCAAUGAUAUGUUUGGAUGUAAACAAUGAUGCUUUCCUUUGAAACAUAAUUAGAAAAGCAACCCUGUAAUUUGAGGUACUGUGCCCGUUUCCUGAAAAAAUUACAGCUAGUGAUAAUGCCACAUUUAUCUACCUUUCGUUCCACAUAACUUCUUUAAUUAAUUUCCAUUUGGCUGACCUUAAACUCGGUAAUGGAUAUGCCUGUGUGACAAAAUAUUCAACAUAGUUGAAUAUUUUGUCACACAGGUAGAGGUGACAUUAAAAUCUCCUGCAUGUACUUUAAGACAUAUAUGACAGUUUGUAGUACUAUUGGUGCUGUAUGGCAAAUGCUCACAAAAAAAGAAAACAAGAACACUUUUGUCCUUUUAGUGCUGCAUUUAUACAUGGAAUGUAUUGAAAUUGGUUCUUGUGGAAUGUUGGUUUCACUACUUAUCGUUUGUAGCUUGUUUUCAGCUGCCAAGAUCACACUUGUGUAUCAGAAUUUUGAGUCUCUCCCAAGAGGUACCAACAGUAGCAUUGCUAAACAUUAGUCUCAGACAUUCCAGUGGUUUCGUUUUGUGCUAUUGCUUUAAAAUACUUUUUAUAGCUAAAUGCAUUCUUAUGAACUACAGAAAGACAAACGAAAUGAGUUGUCUUUCCCCAAGGCACACACUAAGUCAUCUUCAUUUGUGACUUGAAUGUGUACUAAUAAUCUUCAGGUGUGGCUACCAACAAACAAUUAUUGCACAAUGUCUCGUGUACAUGGUGUUAUCUUGAGCCUGGUUUAGGGUUAAGGGACACUAAAGAGGAACGUUAAGAUAAGCUUAGUAAAUUGCCAUUUUUAGAAUGCUGAAAAGGUCACUGUUACUGUGAGCAGAUGCUUCGUAGGCCAGAAAAAUGCACAAAAAACAAAAGAACUGCAGCGACAGUCCAUUGAAGGUCCUGCACAAUCUUCCUGUAAGGACAUGGAGCAUCUCUCCUGUCUAGUUAAUUGUUCGUCGACAAAGAAGGAAUACAUUGCAUUCUAAGUAAACCAAAGACUCGCUUAGAAAGGUAUAAAAACUUUUUCUGGUGCUAAAAUGCUCCAAAUUUGAGAAUGCUAAAAUGCUCCAAAUUUGAGAAAAUAGCUUGAAGUCCAUGAUGUCACACUGACAUAGUGGUGCUGCAGUUCGUGUGCAAAAUUCAAAAAAGGGAAGUUUUGCAUUAAUUUUCUCCUUUAGUAAUGAACAUGUGUCACAGGAGUGAAAAUACAAGCUUUCAAGAAUACCUCACCAGUGCAAGCUGGUUUAGUGCUUCUAUUUAGCGUUCCUUUAAAAACUGUAGAGGGUUGUUGCAAACACAGGGUGCAAUCUGCCGUCAAAUGAGGUAUAUUUUUUUUUGUGUAAAUAAUUUAUUGCAUCCUGUGUAAGUGGUAAGCUACCAGUUCCUAUCGUGUGCCAACACAGUUUCUGCAUAUUGCUUAAGUGGAAAAGUGCAUUGCACAAAUUACACAAAUUAUGCACAAAUUACACAAAUUAUGCACAAAUUAUGCAUUGCUGGCCAUUUCUUUAAAAACGAGGUUACUUGUUGAAGCUAUUACUAUACAGUAGACUUCCGUUAAUUUGACUCCGGUUCAUUCGAUCUUUCAGUUAAUUCGAUCCUGACCAAAGCCCACGCAUUUCUACGGGCCCAAGGUUUUGUUAUUUCGUUCCUAAAAUUGGCCUUCACCAGAUAAUUCGAACUUGGCUGAUCCGCAAGCACGCGCGUAUUCCUAUGGUGACUCCAAUAGCAAACCCUUUAGUGGCAGUAUCCAUCUUGGCAGCUCUUGUGGGACAAUAUAAUGUGUUCAACACACGUAAAAGAAAAAAAAAAUCCAGCCGAAAACUACUUAUUUCCGGCCUGCGCUAGAAAGAUUUUCAAGCAAUAACCAUAGCUUACAAUGUCUGAUCACGAUAUUUACCCGAUUCUAUUACGCGCCUUUUCUUUUCUUCAAGAAAAUUGGGCCGAAAAUUCCCUGCGCAGUGCAAUCGGUUACAAAAUCAGAACCACCUUUGCGGUGUUUGUAUGCUUUACCGCAUAACAUUGUACUGCGGUGAAGCUGACUCAAGGAAACGGACAAGUGCGGCAAGUUCGGCGGGUUGGUAAAGUUGCAUAAUGAACAGUGCAAGAAAGACGGACUAAGAAAAGACAUGGAUGUGGCAGGCGCUGCAUGUCCAGCAAACCAGCUGCUAUUCUGCAACACUUUUUUUUUCUUGCUAAAAAAUCAGAUGCAUGUUAGAUUUGUUUGUUUAGGAGCUGUAACGUAAUUUCGACGUUAGUUUUCUACUUUGAACACACAGAAAGUGGGCUUGCAUUUGGCUUGGGGACAAGUUCGAUUCUGGCAAAUACUGCUAAUGGAUCAGUGGUGUAUUUUGACAUUUUUUGUACAUCUCUGUUUAUUUUAACUCGCCAGAUAAUUAGAUCAAUCUCACCGGUUCCAUCAGGGUCAAGUUAACGGAAGACGACUGUAGCUAUAUGUCCCCCCUCCCUCUAAAAAAAUCUGCUGUACAAUGCUGUAGUGUUUACUAACAGUUAUAAAUGUAAAAUAUGGGGUAUGCAGUCUACUGUAUAAACUAGAAUGUAGGAUGAGAUUUCCCCCCCUCGCCCCUCAAAAAGAACACAUACAUACACACACACAGCUAAAGUCACCACUCGUCUUAUAUAGUGGUCUUUGGCACAUUGCGAAUCGUUGUCUGGCCAAGUCAAGGUCAGGGGUUGACAUAUAUUCUGGACAACCUAUGUUCCAGUUUAUAUGGUAUUGUAUUUAAUUAGAAUUAAGUCAGAAUUUCAGACUCAAAUGUGCGCAAUGUGGCUUUAAAUGUAGGCCCCAAGACAACUCUCAAUGCAUCUCAAGGCAACUGUCAAUGCAUCUUUGUCUUCGAGUUAAAAGCGAUAUGCAGUUCACUUAAUGUGACUGCACUUAACUAAGAAAACAUGAUUCAAAUGCACUCGUCUAUUAUAUGUAUCCAUAUCUAACAAACUUUAUUUGCACUCAUCAAAGCCAUAGGGUCUAAAUUUUGUCCACCACUUCAGGGAAUUAUGGUGAUAAUGGAUGCCAAUAGAACUUGCAAAGGUUCUAGACUUUGCUAGUGAGUGUUAGAAAAAUACAGAACUCAAAUUUUAUUUAAAUAUUUUUUAAAACUUGUGCACUGUUUUUGGCAGCUGAAUAGUAUAUGAGCAUUUUUCAUUGUACAGCCUCUUAGGUCUUGUAUGAAGGAUGAAGAGGGAAACAUUGUGUACCAUGUAUAUAUGCUUUGACCUGUACAUGUGAAGUCACAUGAGAGCACAGCCAAUUUAUGUAAUGGCAAUUAAUUAGAACUUCUUAUGUGCUGUAAAAGACACCAACAAAGUGUGAUGUUUACGAGAGCUUUGUGUUGUGUGAUGACCGUCACCUGUUCUAGUCACAAAUUUGUAAUGUGUUGCCUGAUUAAAAGCACUAUGUGUUAGGCCAAAUGAA